UAAUCAUUUUUUAAUCGAUAUUAAUAUCCGUAUCAGUACGAAGAUAUAAGAAAUCUAAAUAUGGAUCUAUUCAGAUCGUUUUAUAUUAUAAUAAACUUUGACUACUGCAACAUGUUAAUCAAACCUGGUAUUAUUUUCGCCGUCCUAGUAUUGGGAUGUCUGGGUUUGCCGACACCCGAUACUGACUUUUCUCAGUUCUUCGACCAUGUGAAUCCAGAUCGCGUGGACCGUAUUGUGGGAGGUAGUAUAGCCAAAAUGCACGACUACCCCCACCUCGUCGCCAUGGUUGUCGGAGCGACGUUCACUGGGUUAGUUUGCGGUGGUUCCAUAAUUACUCAAAGAACCGUUCUCACUGCCGCUCACUGUAUCGAGGCCGUCUUCAGUUCUGGAUCCCUCAACAGCAAUCUCCGACUAAGAGCCGGUUCGAACUUUUUUAACCAAGAUGGUGUUUUGUAUCCGGUUUCACACAACAAGACUCAUGAAGAUUAUGUGCGCUCCAUUAUCAAGAACGACGUGGGUCUACUUUAUACCACUACUAACAUUAUCUUCAAUGCCCUGGUUCAGCCCAUACCACUGGACUUCGAAUAUGUUGGUGGUAAUAUCCGGGCUCGUGCAGUUGGUUGGGGUCGAACUGUUGUAAGUAUAUACCUACCUAUUCCUUCGUUUAUACUUGACAACGACAAAGAUUAUUUUUGACCUGCAUUUCGCUACUGCCAUCCGUGUCGUAGAUCACAAUCUAUACACCCUAAUUAGAAAAUGCAUUUAUAAUAAAGCCAAAAUUGGAAUUUUACUUUUAUGUACUAAAAUUUUGUUUAUGUAUGGACUCAGUUAUACUUAAUGCUGGGUAACAGUGUGGACAUCAUACAAAUUCUGAAUGACGUCAAAAUUACAGCUUAGCCUGCAACUAAUGUGUACCUACAGCGCAAUAGCACCUACUUACCUUACAUAUCAAUAAAAAUUCUGGACAUUAAAUAUUAUUCAGUUUCGAGAUUCAGUGUUUCUGAAGUUUAGACAAUAAUUAUGAUUCUUACUUGUUAUCUUAGUCUUGCGUGAGAAAUGAUAACGCUAACAUACAUUUAUUCAAUAUUAACAAUUAAUUUAAUUAUUCGCGCCGCUUUAAAAUAUGGUUGACAUUAGUACCUUUCCUAUCUUCCUCCGCCUUUGGCACUGCACAAAAAUGAGAGAGAAAGAGUAAGACAGAACAUAUUUCCGCUGCAUCUAUGGCGUCUUCGGUAGGAGUCGCCAGUUGAAGAAAUUUGCCCGCCGCGUCCGAAUUGUAAUCGUUCUUCUAUAUUUCGCCAUGCCAUAAAAUUGUGUAAUUCCGCUCGAUUUCCACAUCUUAUAUCAGUGAGAAGUAUUGGUGACGAAGUGCUGGUGUUCUGUAUUAUUUUGAGUGUAUAAUGCCGUCAUUGCACCAUAAUGACCACAAGUAAGUGCAGUGCCUCUCCCCUUGUUUUCCAUUUAUUUCUUACUUGUCACCAGUUCGUACCUCGCGGAAACCCACUACUUUAAUAAUUUAUUUUUCUUGGCCAUGCCUUACAGUCCACACCACGUUUUUAAGGAGAUUUCGAUCUCCCUCCCUGCAUAGCCUGCCUAAGGCCAUAAAGGGCGCCUUCAGUUACAAAUAUUUUUUUUAAUAUGUCUGGUCCGUGAUUCCAAAUAUAAUAUUAGGAAAAUUUUUAUAUUUCAUGAUAGUAAUAAAAGUAACAACGUGAAAAUACAGAGAAGUCACUUUUUAUAGUAUUUUGCUUAUCAUGCCAUUGAGAAAUUAAAGGAUUUUUUUUUUACUAAUAAUCCGAAAAAGAUGUAUAUGAAUUAAUUCAUAUAGUAAAAAGGAUAUAUAUAAUAAUAUCCUCAUAAUUGAAAAAAAUAGCUGCUGUUUUUUAAUGUUUGAUCUCCAUGCUGAAAUUUGGUAUUUUGAUCAGGCUAUUUAUUUGCUAUCAACAGCAUCAAGGUCCAUUAUCCCCGUUACUGUUGGAUUUAGACGUAUUUACUAUAUCUGGAGAGCAGUGUGUGAGGGACAUGGCAGAAGUCGCAGCCAACGCUGGUGUAUCAGCCCCUGUUGUGGACCCGCAAGUAGAACUAUGCACCAUUCACCCCAACGGUGCCGGACACGGCAUGUGCAAUGGUGACUCUGGCAGUCCUCUAAUUCGACGUGAUCGGCGGCGUCACACAAAUCGGCAUAGUCGCAUGGGGUAUCCCUUGCGCACGCGGUGCCCCUGACGUGUUCGCCAGAGUCAGCGCAUUUGAAUCAUGGUUCAAACAGCAUAUUAUGCACUAAAAACAUGGAUAUGUAACUGUUUAAAUGUCCCACUUGUAUAUAUUAUUUGAAUAAACUUACCAAAAUUUCUAUUGAUCGAUUUUUUUUAUUUUAUU